CAGGCAUCAAAUACAUGGUCUCCAUUGUCACGCAAAGCAAUCGCAUUGUCACAAGCGCGGGUUGAUCCUGACCUGGUUAGUUCCUGCCACCUGCCACCACAAUUCAGUUGCUGUAGGGCAUGGGCGAACGGGCGGAAGCUACUAGUUUUUUUACCUCCGCAAUAGCUCCCUCCCCCCUCCAGUUUCGGGAUCGCAACUCUUCUCUUCUACAUCAUCAUUUCGAGUGAUUCACCCAGCACCAUCCUCCCCAACCAGCUCCGAGAGAAGACAACUGCUUGAAAUUAUUCCACAGGACAUCUUAAACACUCCCCUGAACAUUGAUUCUCAAGUGCGCGCGUCAUUCCAACCACGGCACGCGACCUAUCGCAUUCUACUGAUACUGGAUCUCCACUAUCGCAAAAUCGUCGCGUACCUCACGCAGUUUGUGAGGUCGCUUCAAGGCAUUGACACUUUUAUCGCGUUCACCACUUUCGAAUUACAGCAAAACAUAUUCUUACCCUCUUGGCGCAGGCCAUAUUCCACCUGAGUGCCUGUGCUAGCGAGGGCACCUCUUUGCGCCAACACGGUUAGAGAUUUGAAGACAAGCAUCUGCGCGUGGAUCAGCUGGGAAGAACCUGAAUCUGUUCUUGACAUAGUCGUGACUCUCAAUUAUUUCCCACGUAAUUACCUCAAUGCCUGUCUAAGGGCGCACACCAUCCUGCGCUUCGUUGCAACAGUAGAAAUCCCUCCCAACACCUGCAACACCCCCAAACGCCGCUCAGCAUUGGCACGCGUCGCUGCAUCCAAAACACCACACCACAACCAUUCGCACAUUCUUAAUCAUGUCCGGUAAGCGACAAAGACUCGCAAAGUCCCCGAAGCAAUCCCAGCUCGUUCAAGACCAAGCACCCCCAAAGCGCGACCGACGCCGCGACACCACGCAUUCUGCAGCACCAACUAACAGCAACGUCUCAGGCGAAGCGGAACCUCGACGAUCGGUACGCGCCACUAAAGGUCAGCAUACGAAAUCAUUCGACGAACUUGAGCCUGCGACCGUGCCCAAAAAGCGACAGACUAAGAAGACCAAGAAAGCCAAAGAGCAGGAACAGGAACAGGAACAGGAACAGGAACAGGAACAGCAGCAAGAACAAGAGGAAGAGGAGGAAGAUGAACUGAUCCGUUGUGUAUGCGGCGCCACCGAACAAGAUGAAGAUUCAGGUGAAGCCUGGAUCGCUUGCGAAACCUGCGGCGCAUGGCAGCAUAACGUCUGUGUAGGGGUAAGCUCAUUCGAUGACGAGAUCCCUGAACAUUACUGGUGUGAGCAAUGCCGACCGGACGAUCACAAGGAGCUCCUCGAUGGCAUAGCUAAGGGGGAGAAACCUUGGGAAGCUCGGCGCAAAGCACAUGAAGAGGAGUCCAAGAAGAAGAAGCGUGGCGGACGAAAAGGCAAAGGCAAACGUCACAGCGAGACCAAGGAGGAAGAUAAGACUAAAGCGAAGUCUUCUCCUGUGCCUGUUCCGGACGCAACCAAAGAUAAGAAAGAAACAAAAACGGGGAAGCGAAAAGCCCGCGAAGAGUCUCAUGACGCUGAUGGCAAGUCUGCCAAGGUUCGUCGCAUAUCAGAGAACGGUGCAACUCCUGUUCCUGUCUCCUAUACACCACCUGAUGACCUCGCCAAGUCGAUAUCAGAUCUGCCUGGUUCUCGGACAGGCCCAGCUAAAGCCAUGAGCAAGUCUAUCAGCCAUGUUUUGACAUCGAUGCAGAAGCAGGGCGAACUGGACCUUGAAGAGGGCAACACAAUUGAGUCUAUGACCGAGACUUUCUCGCUUCAGAUCGAGCGCGCCGUCUAUGAUUCUUACCCUGUGACUAAGGGACAGAAAGAAUACAACCAGCAAAUCAAGUCACUAAGCUUCAACCUGAAGAACAACCCGGAGUUGUGUCAUGGACUAGUUCAUAAGACUCUGUCCCCCGCAGCUCUGGCUACCAUGACAUCAGAGCAGCUUGCCUCGUCGGAAAUGAAGAAGCAGACUGCUGAGAUGAAAGCCAAGGCCGAGAAACAGUCUAUUCUCUAUACUUCUGAGACGGGCCCUCGCGUUCGACGAACACAUAAGGGCGAAGAGGUCGUUGACGACGAAACAUUUGUCAACGACUCUGCUGUGCCCCUCCCACCAGGACCCCCUCGUCGACCAGAGCCUCAGGCCGUUAAGAAGGAACCUACAGGAGGCGACAAGGCGGACCUGGCUUCACACCCACAGCAGCAGGACGAUAAGCAGCGAUCGCCAAGUCAUCCUGAUUUCGACAUCAACGAAGUCUUCUCCAGUGUCAAGUCUCCCACUACAACUCAGAAUAGGCGGCCUUCGGCUCUGGUAACUGGAUCCAAUGGCCCGGGCGUGGAUCCCGAUGUUGAUCGCAUGCUCCAAGAUGAGAACGAGUCACCCCCUUAUUCGCCCACAGAGGAGACUCAGGACCCCGAUGUCAUCUGGCAGGGCUCUCUUGCUAUGAGCUCGAUUGCUGACUUCCCAGCGACAGCCAAGUAUAUCGGUGGUGCCAAUUUUGCUUCAGUUGGACCGUGGUCCAAGUUGAUUCCUAAGAGGAUGACGGUGGCCGGACGAAUCCCCGAACAAAGUGCUAUCGAAUACCUAUGCAGUCUUCGCUACAGCAACAGUACCGAUGUCAUUGUCGUUUCAGUUUCACCGGUCUCGCCUUUUUCUCAUACUGAGUUUCACAAUCUUCUUAACUACUUCACUAGCAAGAAGCGGUAUGGCGUAAUUGGAGAUAAGACAAUCGGUAAUGUGCGAGAUACAUAUCUGGUACCAGUUCCUGCAGGGGAAGACAACUAUCCCGAGUUUAUGCUCAACCUGGUUGAUAAUAAGAUCCCCAAGGUCCGGACGGAACCCAUCUUGCUGGCAGUAUUUGUUUAUCAUAACGAGCCUGACCAGCUCAAACAUCUGAAGGAUGGGACUGCCAAUCAACAAGACGCCAAAGCCCUGGGAACACCAGUGCCUGCAGCACAUCCUCAGAGAAGCAACUCGACAGCGUCCGCCGGCCCGGCAUUCUCUCCGGCGACCCCCCAGGCCCCUCAGGGAGGGUUUCAAGGAGGCUUCCCUCAGCAAUCAUCACCAGGCCAAUGGCAGUCUACAACUCCUGUGCCAAUUCCCCAGCCACCGUACACUCGGCCACCAGUGCCACCACAAGCUCCAACACCGGCACCUGCAGCUGCGCCAGCACAGAUGUUAGAAGCACAAAGGCACCAGGCUCAGCAGGCAGGCGUGGCCAUGGCACACGAGCUCCUGGGACCCUGGAUAACAUCCCCAACCGUGCAGUUCAUCUUGCCUCAAGCGUACCAGAUGGCCCGCAAGGAGUGGGAAGUCGUAAGGAGGGUUCUGGAGCGCGACCCUAAAGCUCGAGACGACCUGCAGCAUCUUGGUAAUCUUCUGGAGAAGGAAACCGCUGCAGAUAAGACAGGAGGAGCUGCUGCUGCAUAAUGAUGUUAUGGAAGAAAAGGAGUAACACAAGAAUAUACGAAAUGCCAGCAAGGGGCGUGCAGGAGUUGGGCAACGAAGGCUUCCACACGGCGGUUUUGUUUUUUCCUUCAUAUGGGCUAGGCGGCAUGUAUGUGCCUUUCGCAGAGUACGGUUAGGGAUGGGUUAUUGGAUUUUAUGAUACUCUCGAGAAGCGAAAGUCGUGGAUUAGUGUUCUUUUAUAUACCUUACCAUACUUGUACCGUAGUCAUGACUUUCUCUUCCUAUAUGUUCUAACGUUUAUCCUCGAUAUGCCAAUCUAUCGUAAAUGUUUUUAAGGUCCCGAGCCAUAUUUAGCUGUUUUAGAUAAUAACAUACAUGCUGCUGUCCUACAGGCGAUCUUGUG